AUGCCCCUCGAGACCAACCCCGCCAGCAAGCAAGACUCGGGCGUCACGGGCGCGGCCAAGUUUGUAACGAGCACGGUGGGCAACACGGUAGGAGGCGUGGGCCGUACAGCUGGUAACGUGGUGGGUGCUGUUGGCCGAGGGCUCGGCGACACCGUAACCGGCGCCACGGGGUCCGCCGGCAAGCCCGUCGGCGACGCUCUCGGCUCCCUGGGCACCGGCGUGCAGAACGGCGCUGAGAGUGUCUCUAAGGGCGUCGAGAACGCAGGGAAGUGGAGGAAGAGAACAUCGGACUGGGGCAAGCUGGUCGGCCGCUCUCGCAUUGGAGUCUUCCUGACCGGCACCUGA